UUUCGAGGGUUAGUUGUGUUCAAUCAUGGUCAGUUGGUUUCCAAGUAGCAACGCGUGUAUAACGGUUGUAGAAUAAAACGAUUUACAAUCCGUAUAUCUUGAAAGCAACACUUUGGGUGCAUUCGUUUAUGCAGCGAUUAGCGCAUCCACUGCGUUUAUCAUCUGCUAGUCACGUGACCUAAUUUACCGAACGCACACCUGCGUGAAUGACUGCUCGGAUCAUAUCUUCCAAUAGGAAAUCUAGGCAAAACUUCAAUAUAAUAUCCUAAAAUCUGAAUAUAUACAAUUAUCUUACUUGACAUACUAAAAAAUGAACUACAGGAGACAACCAAGAUUUUGCUAAAUAAAGUUUCGCCAGGAAUUAAAGAGUGAAUAAAAUUUCAGUGAAUUUUCAACAAAGCACGCAUAUAACAGUAAUCAGAAAUGGCAGAAUCAGAACAAUCUUCAGAAAUAAAACUCACUGUGCCUUGGGGCCAUGUUGCUGCCAAAACUUAUGGUUCUCCAACAGGAGAACCUGUUCUAUUGCUGCACGGUCGUAUGGAUAAUGCCGGAACGUUCACUAGGUUAAUACGGCAUUUACCAAUAGGCCUUUUUUAUUAUGUAUGUAUAGAUUUACCUGGUCAUGGUCGAUCAUCACACUUUCCAUCUUGGAUGUUGUUGGACAUAAUGACUUAUGUACAAACCUUACGUUUUAUCUUAGAAGCACUACAAUGGGAAACAUGUAUUUUUAUGGGGCAUAGCAUGGGAGGACAAAUAGGUUUAAUUUACAGUACUUUUCAGCCUCAUAGAUUCAAGAAAAUAAUUUGUUUUGAUGGAUUUCUUAUGGAACUUAAAAAUACCCCAGAGAUAAGAAAAUAUUUUAAGAAUGCAUUUACACUUUCAAUACAAUUCAAUAGCAAUAUAAAGCCAAAAUCUUACACAAGAGAAGAAAUAUUACGCGCUCUUACGACUUUGAGGGUUGCAGCCUUAAGUCCAGAAGCUGCAGAUGCAAUGUUUGAUCGUGCAGUUACAGAAGUAAAUGGAAGAUAUAUAUAUAAUAGAGAUAUAAGAUUAAAAAAUUAUCCUUUUACAUUCAUGAAUGUAGAACUAUUUAAUUACUUCAAUCGGAAGAUUUCGGUUCCAGUAUACUUAUUUUCUGCAUCUUCUGGUUUCGCAACAUCAAGUCCAAAUGCCUUUACUGCAGCAUGCGAUGCAAUCGAUCCUAAAAUGCUUCACGUGAUUAAUAUAGAAGGAAAUCAUGAUGUUCAUAAUAAUAAUCCUGAAAAAAUUGCACCAAUUUUAUGCAAAAUAUUGAAUAACGAAUACAGUACCAGUAAAUUGUAGAUAAUGCAAUAUUAAUGCAUUAAAUAUAUAUAUCUAAACUCUUAAAACUUUUCACACGAUUAAAAAAAAAAAAAAUUAAUAAUUUCUGAUUAUUUUGGUAGAGCAUUAUGACACAUUCACACAUGAAAGUAGUUUGAAAUAAUAAUCAAAGUAUAAGUCCUAAGUAUAAUAUUAUAUCUCUAUUUUCUUCUUUAUAUGUAUAUUCUUGUGUGUAUACUCUAAUAUUAAGUUCAGUGUAUUUUGGAAAAAAUAAUAAUUUUUUUUGCAGUAAAAGUUGUACUUCUAUACAUACAAUUUUCUU